GCGAGAUGUCCAUUGCAGCCAGGAACCGGUUCAUCUCUAGCCAAAAGGAAGAUAUCUAUUGCUUCGUUCGAUACAAAACCAUGGACUCGCCGGGUUGACUUCAUUAUUCUCGGGCUCUUUGAUUUCAUUGUCGUUUGUGGUUUUUUAUAAUCGUCUCUAGCGCACUGUGACCGCGUCCCUACGUCGAAAAAAUGGUCGUAUUUGUGGAUUUAGAGAACGAUGGGCUCGACCAGAACCACUUCGUGGAGAACCCACACGCCCUAUCCCAUCCAUUCCCUGGGCCCACAAAGCCAGCAAUGCGCUACGCCUACUCCACCUCUGUAGCAGAGCAUGCGGAUCGGACACCCGAAUCUCCAGAGUCCCGGGCUAUGGCAGACCAACCGGAUCUGAACCAGAGCCGCUUUGCAGCUGCUCUCAGCUGCUAUCCGAUUGUCAAGGAGAUUGCCCGCGCGGUGGACUUGAAUACCAUGCACGCGCUCUCCCGGACAUGCCGUCGAUUUCACGCGAAUCUGGGCCCGUACCGCCAACAGCUGUCCAAGAUAACUCUGCGCUGCGAAAGCGAACGCGUGGAGACGACAUUGGACGCUGAACCCCUGGUGAGAGUGGUGGGCAGUUCGGCCAAAGUCAGACGCGGCAAGUGUGCUCGGGAUAUGGUGGCCGAGUGUCGAAAGUGCUCGAAGGUCGUUUGUCGGAACUGCGUGGCCAAACCGGCCACGAACAUCAUGCUCAAAAGCCGCAUCCGGCGUCUCUGCACGACCUGUCUCACGGCUCCGCUAUCGCAACUUCAACCACUGGCCUCCUCAUGUUCUACCCAAUCAGCCGUCCGGCGCAACAUCUGCACCUGCAAAGUCUCCAUAUGGCUCUGCCAACCAUGCGGCCAGCGGCUGAGCAGCGACGAUCUCGUCCACCGGCAAAUGUGGAGCUGGCGCAUCAGGUCUUGCGUCAGCGGGAACUGGCAAAGGCUGAGGUGCUGGCGAGGCAAACACUGCCUGGCGGCUCAGGACGUCGAACUGGUGAUGGGGUGCGAUUCACACGACUCGCUCACCGGCGGUGUCGAUUCAUUCCACGGUCGAAACGAUGCGGAGUCGCCUGACGAGGAAUCGUGGGAGGACUUCCGGCAGGACACCGCCGGGAUCCGCUUUCGCCUUUUGGGGUCUUACGGCGAGGAAGGGGUGGAGGACCUCCUGCGGCACAUCUUUGAGCACGGCGGACCCAUCGAGCACACAGUGAGGAAGCACAUAACGGUGGGGGCAUACACCGAGGAUCACGAGGAUGAGCGCCGAACGGGCGAAUAUCUCACGCGGGAGGAGGCAGGUCUGGACCGCGCAUGGUGCAACUGGUGCUCGCGGGUGACUCCAUCACAGCAUGACUUGGAUGUUCUACAGUAACCUUGGACUCAGGUUUCUUGCGAAGGCCAAACAUAUCAUUAUAUUUUCUAUGGCCGAGUGAUGAUUCCUUCUCUUUUAACGCAACAAACCUAUACAUACAGACAUCUAUCAACUAACCAACCCAACAAUAACACACCAAUAUUAUUAAUUCAACUAAUUAUUAUAUUGCACAAUACCCACCCACCCACACCAUCCCAUAUCUACAAGCAAAGCAAAGUAGGCUCACAGAUAAACAUAACAAAA